AUGGAUGCAUUGUCCACUCCAGUCGUCCCUAAGUUGUUCGACAAGGAGGGUACACUUGCUUUAUUGGGUGGCUUGACUCCCUGGACAACUUCUGUCAAUGACUGGGUGAUGCAAGAUUACGAGGCUAAAUUAUGGUCCUUCAAGUACCGGAUUUACCUGUCAAUGGUGGAUACAUCAAAGACUCAUCCGUCCGGGUAUAUAAUGGGCUCCGUCUCCAAGCCUCCUCCACUCUUCACCGAUAACAUCGCCGGAGCCACCACAACUUCGGGUCCCUCCAGCACCGCUCCUUUCCCCCAAUCAAUCGCCACGGCGACUGCCGCGCUCAGGGCCCAGUUGAACAACCUUGUCACAUCCAUGUUCGCCACAGGUAUGGUGGAUGAGUAUUUCUAGUACUUGCAGUCGAUGGAUGAGGAUGGCAGCUCAGGCCCAGGCUUGGUCCCUGAGGUCAUCAACCUCUUCAUCACCAACACCAACAGGAUCCUCAACGACAUCGUCGGCCUGCUGAACCAGCCCGUGGACUUCAACAAGGUCGACGACCCGGUGCAUCAGCUCAAGGGGUGCAGCUGUAGGUGA